UGGACUAGAUCAGCCGAUGGCGACGGCGCGGGCCGAGAGCGGGCCGGCGAGAUAGCGCACGCCUCCGCACUCUCCCCUCCCCUCGCCGCGGCCCAUGGACGCUCUCGCGCCCGCCCCCACCCGCCGCCGCCUCCUCGCCGGCGCGGCCGCCGCCACCGCCGGCUACGGCAUCUACCGCCUCUACCUCCACCACCGCCGCCGCAUCGCCGCGGCGCUCUCCCUCGCCAACGCGCUCUCGCAGGCCGGCUCCGACCUGGCCGACUUCCUCCGCUCCGACUCCGACCAGGUGCCCCGCAGCCUGCGCCAGCUCUCCAAGCUCGCCGCCUCCGACCACGUCUCCUCCGCCGCCUCCGCCCUCUCCGAGUCGCUCGCCUCGGGGGCCCUCCGCGCCUUCUCCUCCCACCGGGCCCCGGAUCCUUCCUUCCCGCCGCUGCACGACCGGAUCUUGGACCGCCUCCUUUCCCCCGCCGGCGCCGGGUUCGCCUCCGCCGUCCUCGGGAGCUUCGCCAGGAACCUCGUGCUCUCCUGCCGUGAUCCCGAGGCCCCGCCCCGCGCCCCCGGCCAGCCGGACUGGCUCGCCGCGCUGUGCAGCGACAGGGGCAAGGAGGCCGCCGCGGAGCUCGUCCGGGUGUUCGUCAGCACCGCCGUCGCCGCCUACCUCGACAGGACCGCCGCCGUGCGCACCUCCGACCAGGUGCUCGCCGGCGUCUCUAACCCCAAGCACGACGCCAAGCUCAAGGACCUGCUCGUGUCCGUCUGCAACGGCGCCGUCGAGACGUUCGUCAGGACCUCGCGGCAGGUCACAAAGGAGGCCUCCAUUUCUCGAGCUGAAGCAGCAGUGGCGGCGCAAGAGGUCUGCAAUUCAGGUCCUAGCUGUGUAAUGGAGAGAGUAUCGACCACGUUGGCCAUGCCAAGCAACCGGAGGUUUGUGCUGGAUGUUACUGGCAGGGUCACCGCCGAGAUGGUCCGGUCAUUCCUCGAGUUCUCGACUCAGCGCGUGUCCGCUGGUGCACGAAAGAGCAUUGUCAUUGCCCGGGAUGAAAUCACCGAAAGGGGUCUUGUCGCGGUCAAGUACCUGAGCGCCAAGUCCAUGGCCAUCUUCACCUUAUGCCUCACAAUGUGCGUGCACAUUUCGGUUGGAAUGAGGUUCCCGUUGCCGGCCUAGGCAUAGCCUGGUGUGGACUUCAAGGUGACAUUGUUCCAGUUAUCCUGAUUGUAGUUGGAAAGUAAAGUAUGUAGAUUGCAAAUUGAUCGUUUGCUACUGCUAGCCUUUUUUCUGUGCUGUUGACUAGCAUUUGGAAGCAGAAAUCUGUUGGAAUUGUAGUUGUUGGUUUGUUGUUUGUGAUAGUCUGAUAGGGAGUAUAUAGGCCACGAAUGGAUAAUUUUGCAACUUUAGUGUAAGGUUUCAUAUUAUUAUGGUGUUGUAUCCUAGUGUCUUUGCCAUCUUUUCUGAAGGAAGUAGGUGUCAGUAUCUUAUUGAUGCUGACUAGUGAUGUUCUUCAGCACUCUGUGUGUGGAUAAGCUAUUUUGGGCAACAAUAGCAUGAAACUUGUCCACUUAUGUUUUUCAUUCUCUUUUUGCCUUGAUUUGGGGAAAAGCAAAUAUGAAUUGAUCAGAGAUUUGUGCCUGGAUAUUUUGCGUUCUGACUUCUCUUCUUAGUAGUGUUUUUAUUCUAGUUCAGUUGUUGAAUGUAAUGUGUCAUUUAUAAGUUGGGAAAAUAGAUAAUUGCAUAUGUCCUCUUGAAUCAGUUCAACUGGAUGAUGUUAUCAUUGAUAUGGACAUUUGGUCUAUUAUAGCUGUCUCUCGGCAGUUGACCUUUGAUCAUUAGGUAGUGAUGUUCCUUUUCGAGCCAUGCGACUGAAGUCAUAUGUGUCCUCUAUCCACUAUUAGAGGAAAAUACUCAGUAGACUGGGUUUCUCGACUCCUCACUUUCCUUUACCAUAACAUCCAGAUUGCUACUGAAAGGAAAAAGAAUCCAGAUUCCAAAGCCUGACUUCUGGUCACAAGAGAAACAUGGUUAGAUUGAUCAAUUUGGGUAAAAAGAAGGUAUCAUCGGGGUGUCUAAUGCAAUCUUAAUUAGUAAUGGACAUAUAACAAGAUUAAGUAUUGGGAAUGGCCAUGGGUGUUAUAGGGAAUGGGUGCGAAACUGGUUUGUAUUUCUCAUGUGCAGUAGAAUAUGCAUCCAUAUUGGAUCUCUCGUCUCUGCCUGGAAGACUGGCGCCGCCGCUGCCGCUGCGUCUGAGCUACCUAUUCCGCUGCACAUGUCAAUGGGCCCACCGCUGGGCGAUUGGCAGUGGCGUUGGGCGCAUUUCUGGUCUAUGCGUCGUACAUGCACCGCACGGUGGCUCGGCCACCUUCUCCACUGCACACUGAUUAUUUGGCACAAAGAAAAAACAUUUCGGAGAUCUGCUGGGAGCUGGAAGUCAUUUCUGAAAUACUUGUUAUUUGACAUGGGAUGCAGUAUUUCCAAGAUCCGCCAAGGGCCAGAAGUUACUCUCACAAUGCUUAUUAUUUGGCACGAGGACAGCAUUUGAGAGAUCUGCCGAGGGCUGGAAGUCAUUUCUGUAAUACUUGUUAUUUCACAUGGGGAUGCGGCAUUUCCAAGAUACACUGAAGUUAUUCUCGCAAUGCUUAGGAUCUGAUCCUGCACACUCAGCUGAAUGAUAUCCAACAUUUUAACAUCAUACAUCAUGAUGGCACCAGGUGGAGCUGCAUGGUAGCAUGGCACCACCAUGGAGCCAAGGAACACUUAUAGUAGGACAUGCAUUCAUGUUGGAUCACUUGCCACUGCCUGGAAGACUGACGCCGCCACCGCCGGCACGCCCGGCACAUGUCAGUGGGUCCUUCGUUGGGCGAUUGGCGGUGGGGUCGGGCACGUUUCUGGUCUACGCAUCGUAGGUGCGCUGCGUGAUGGCUCGACCACCUCCUCCACUUCACACUCCGAUUAUUUGGCAUGAGGACACAGCAUUCCGGAGAUCUGCCGAGGACUGGAAGUCAUUUCUGAAAUACUUGUAUUCGACACGGGAACGUGGCAUUUCCGAGAUCUGCUGAGGGCCAAAAGUUACUCUUGCAAUGUUUGUGGAGCUGCAUAGUAGCAUGGCAUCACCAUGGAGCUAAGGAACGCCGCCUCCAUCUCAGCGGAGGCACUUCUCCUGAGCAAGGACAUGGCGUACUCCAUCACCAUGGCGUCACAGGGCAGCUUGAUCCCUCCUUCACGGCCUGCGAAACCAAACACCUCUUCGGACAUCCGCGGGAGCUCACUUAAGACCACCGUGCUGAGGUAUGCCAAUGGCAGCACGAACCGUCCCCCGUCAGUGGUGUACAUGACACAGUGGCCCUUUCCUGCCACUGCUGUUGAGCACCCAUCGACUUCUGUUGUUGCCGUCAUGAUGCUUUGUUUGUGGAUGAAGUGAUGCUGUUUUGAGGCCACUGGACCAAGAAUUUAUAGCUCGAGAUAUGAGCCCUGUCAAGUGCCAUUGAUGAUUGGGUAAGGGGACAAGGCCACGAGGUUCAUUUGUGCAAUGCUGCAAGCAGAUUAAGGAUUAUGUAUUUCUAUGGGCCAAAUCUUUGGUGCAUGAUGGAUACUGCCAUAGUGGCACGUCUGGUGGAUAAGUGACACGAGGACCCCAUGCAAACUGGGUUCCAGCAUUGUGCAAUGAGAUAUUGGCAGACAAGCCUUGUGCAGGCAUCUUGGGCCCAGCCUUCUGAUGGAUGGGCUACGUCUUAUUCGGAAUCUUGUGUUAUGAGAGUGACACCGUCAAGGAUUAGCUACUUAUGCCUAGUUGCACGAGUAAUGAUUUCACAAUGAUAAGGGGAUCCAAGUCUUGCACUCUGCAAUUCAUCAACGCUGAGAUUGCAGCAAUCAGUUGGAGGGCCAGUGCCAUGGGGCUAGCUAGCUAGCAUGGUUUGCACUUCAAUGCAAAUCAUUAACAUCUUGAUUAGGUUUGAUGGGGACUACAUUAACUGAUGCAAUACGAGCAAGUUGCUGAACAGUUCCAUAUACUGAUAAUUAAUGGCCUACCUGACUUCUAAGUGGCAUCCAUUUCUCAGCGCCUUCUCCGCGUUUUCCUGUGGAUCGAAAACCAGCUGCAAGCUUGCAAAACAUGGGUCCCGUAAAUUUAGCUGAAAGUCAUGUUUGACAGGAGCUACAAACUGCAAGCUGCUGGUGCAGCGCUACAUGUGGUACUGUACAGCUUGGAUAUUGGCAAGGCAUCACUACAGAGCUCAGGAAUGCCCUCUCUACUUCCUCUGAAGCAUUUCUUCUGAGCAAGCACAUUACAUACUCCAUCACGACUGCAUCGAAGGGCAGUGUGAUCCUGCUGUCGCAUGUGAACCCAAACUCUUCCUGGGACAUCCUUAGCAGCUCGCCGAAGACUGUCGUGCCGAGGUAUGCCAACGGGACCUCGAACCGCCUCCCGUCGGCCGUGUACAUGGCACAGUGACCUUUAUCUGCGACCGGCUAUGUCGUGCAGCAUGCUUCGUCAUCCCUGGCCACCGUCUUGACCCUUUGCCACUUCCUCACCAACUGAGCAAGCCUCUUGGGAUGGAUCAUGGUCAUUGCUGGGUGUUCUUGGUUCUCAGGUUUUUGGCUGAGAAAUGUUUGGUCUGUGAGUUUGUUGAUGAAGUGAUGAUGUCUUGGCCCCUGAAUAUAUAGGCACAGAGAUACGGGACUUACUAGCAGGUGAGAGGGGACAAGGUGCGUGGGCUGGUGGCUGUAAAGGGAGGUAGCCAGAUUCAGAUCAGAUUUUGCUGGGCCAUGGACUAGUGGGCUAUGGCUAGGCAAUCAGUGCAUGCUACAGUCUGAUGCUAAAUUGGGUAGGGGCAUUAUAUGCAACCAUCUGGGGUCCAGCUUUUAUGGAUGUGUUCCCUUCGGUACGGUGUCCUGCAUCACGAGAUUGGGAGCAACCCGGUGAUUGCAAUCAGGUGAGGUGAAGAGCCAGUGUCACAGGGGACACUUCAUAUGAUGGUCAGGAGUCUUUGGCUCUUUGCUGAGUAGAUGCAGAGUAUCCUUCACUGCUUUUGGGUGUACUUUGCACUUACAGCUGCAGCUGCAUGCUGGGUGUUUGUUGGUUGCUUCAGCAGUGCUUUGAUUGCUGCAAAUCUAGCAAGUUGCCUGACAGCUCCAUAUCUCAUGGUCUGCAUGAUUUCUAGCACCGCAUGUGACGGCCAUUUCCUGGCAUCUUCGCUGCAUUUUCCAAGGCCUACAACAGUUAGUAACCAUCAGGCUGCCAACUUCGGCGAGAAAGUCUGCCCAUGGCUUCAGGUAAUGGCAUUGAGUCCAUUUGUACGGAGCUGUCAUUAGUUCAUUUCACUAUUUUUUGGUAGGGACUAGGACUGCAAUAAUGCAAAAUGCAACACACAGCUCAUUUGUUAACCGAUAGUUUACUUACAUGUC